CAUUGAAGAACUGUAUCAAUUACAUGGACGUCUUCAACAAGAAAUACAAGAGUUAACUGAUCAUGAUCCACUUGAUAUUCUCGCAGUACCAUCUGAUAAACUAUUACAUUUAGCAGCUUUUAAACAAAAAUUCAGAGAAGCUAUGGUAAAUUCAACGGCAGAUUCAAUGAAAAAUAUGAAUAUAAACGAUGCCAAAAAUAUAACACUGGAUACUAGUAACAUUGUUAAAGUUCUUGUGAUUGGUGAAACAGGUUCUGGCAAAUCAACAUUUAUUAAUUAUUUAACAAAUUAUUUUCGAAAUGGUUCAUUAAAUAAUAUAAAAGUAGCAAUACCUUCAAAAUAUCAUCCACAAAUAACGGAAUCAUUUAAUUAUUGUGAAAAUAAUAUUUCAGAUAUAACACAAUCAAAAACGGACACGUGUAAUCAAUAUAUUUUUAUUGAAGAGAAAACAUACAGACAAUAUCUCUUUUUGGAUACACCUGGUUUAUCUGAUACACGUGGUGCUGAACAAGACAAUAUAAAUAUGAAUAAAAUAAUUGAAGGUGUAGAAAAUCUUCAAGGUUUAACAGCUGUUAUUAUCGUUGUUAAUGGUACAACGGGUCGUUUAACAUUAAAUUUACGAAAUGUUAUAUCAAAAUUAAGAGGAAAUUUACCUGAUGUUGUUAUGGAUAAUGUUAUUGUUAUACUAACAAAUGCUAAACGACACGAAGCCAAUUUUCAAUUAUCAUCAUUACAAUUACAUGGUACAGUUUAUCCAUAUUAUAUGCAAAAUUCAGCAUUUUCACAAGAUCCAAAUAUAUGGGAUCAAACAGCCAUGAAUGCAUUACAAUUUGAUUGGGAUCAAUCAAUGGAUGAAAUGAAACGAAUGAUUGAAACAAUUGAUACAUUUAAAACAAAAUCUGUUUCAGCCUUCAAAGAUAUGAAAGAGAUUCGAAAUGCAAUUAAAGCGUUAAUGCAUGAAGCUCGUUUAGAAGUAAGUAAAAUUCAAAAAAUGCAAGAUGAAUUAGCUGCAUUUGAACAUGCCUUAAAACAAUAUAAAACCGAAGAAGUAUCGUAUAAAAAUUAUAUAAAAGAACGAUAUGUUGAAACAAAAGAAUUAGUUGAUGCCAAAUAUAAUAGUACCGUAUGUCGACGAUGUGAUUUUGUUUGUCAUGAUAACUGUGGUUUGAAUGAAACAACAGCACAUAGUAAUCAAAUAUUAACACGAUGUUGGGCUAUAUUACCUCAGAAUGGUUGCUGUACACAAUGUCCUCAAAAAUGUUUCUAUACCGAACAUUAUCAUGCCCGAAAAAAAAUGAAAAUUAGUCAAAAAAAAUUACAAGAUGUUUUAUAUGAUAUUAAAGUUAAAUAUGAUAAUGCAUCAAAAAAUAAAAAUGAUUUUCAACAAAAAAUUCAGUCAACAACAGAUACAAAAAAAAUGUUAGAACAAGCAUUAAAACAAAAAAAUGAACAACUUAAAUUUAAAUGUAAUGAAUUGAGAAAAAUAUGCAGUGGUUUUAAUCUAGCACAAGAAUUAUAUGCAUUUAUUGAUCAUUUAAAGGCUGAAUCGACAAUGCUAAGAAAUGUUGAAGCUAAGCAACAAGCCGAAGAAUUUAUACGUAGUCUAAGUGAAUUUUGUAGACAAUUGGAAUUAGAUCAAACAUCAAAACAAGUAUUACCGCCAAUGAAAUUAGUUGAUACAUACAAAUCUGUUCCACUUCGAUCAUCAGUAAGUACUACCAGUUCAACACCAAUGUUAUCAUCAUCAGCAUCAUCAUCAUCAGAAGAUGCCCAACAAGUUGGUCCAAAUUUGAAUAGUAGCGUUCUUGAUCUAAUAAUAAAAUUAAAUAAAUCACACAAAAGUGAUAGUGAUGAUGAUGAAGAACAAGAAGAAACACCACGUAAUAGACGUCGAAAAAGUAUUCAACGAAGAAAUAAAAAUGAAGAUAGUAGCGAAAGCGAAGAGGAAAGUAAUGAUGAAGAAGAAGAAAAACAACAACAACAACAACAACAUGAUCGACAUCAAACAGGGCAGAAAAAACAAUUACUAAAAAAACAAAAUGUUGAACAAUGGAAUUUAAUUAGUACACCAGAUUUGGUAAUUCGCCAUAGUGAUUGUGGUAAAGAUAAACGUACAGCAAAUUUGAUACUACAAGAAUUGAAUAAACGUGCUCAAGGUAAAUCAUCAGGACCAUUGUUAACACCAUCUGAUGUUGCUACAUUUACCAAAUAUACACAAACGUAUACUCCUCUUGAUGCACCAACAUUAAGUCAUAUUUAUUUACAAUUACAACAAAAAAUUAGUAGCAUUACAGAACCGGAUAUUUUGAAUAUAGCUCGUGUUCCUGCUAAUAUGCUGUUCGAAAUAGCAGCUAUAUAUACGUUAAUCACACAAAAAAAUGCCAUGAUGAAUUAUCCAGAUCAACGACUAGCUAAUUUUUCAUCCUACAGUAAUAAUGAACAAUUAUUUCGAGAACGAGAAAAUAGCGUAUGCGAUUUACCACAAUUUUCUCCCGAUUCAAACUUUGGUCGUCCAUUUAUAGAAAACAUGAAUGAUAUGACUCGUCAACAAAGUUAUCCACCAGCUAUUCAAAAUCGAUUUAACUACAACAACAGUAACAGACAAGUGAAUAACACUGGAUUCUCAACACACGUCUAUCCACAAGUUCAAAAUCGACCACUUUUUUCUAAUCAAACAACAUUUGAACCCAUACAUGAUCCAAAACCAAUUAAUGUUAAAAACGUACAAAAUACUUCCUAUCAAUCAUCACCUUCAUCACAACUUUAUCCUAAUUUAACGCGACAAGAAUUCGGCCCUCCAACCAUACAACCACCACCAUCAUCAUUCGCCAUGUUUGAUCAAUAUUUAUCAUCACCAUCACCUUUGGGUUCACCCUAUAAUGUUCUAUCUUCACGUGCCGGUUCAGCAUUUGCCAUGGUUACACCCAAAACAGACUCCCCCGACUUUACCAUUAUUUCAGUAAACUCAGCAACAAAUGAUUUCACAUUUUCACCGUCAUCAUCAUCUUCAUCAGUUUUGGUUACUGAUAUAUCGGACGAAUCUCUUAAUAAUGCAAAUAUCACAAAAUUGUUAACAUUAUAUAAUGAUGCUGGUGCAACAAAUAAACCACCUCUUCAACAUGCAAUCUAUGGAGAAUUAGAACGACGAUGUUAUGGAAAUAAUCCACAAUUAAUUAAAGAUCAUUCAGGAUUUUAUGAUAUGAAAAUGAAUGAAUAUGAAUUGAAAUCUCAAUCAGAAUUAGAAACAUUAUAUUCACAAUUAAAACAGAAAAUAUAUACUAAAAUCAAUGGUGAUGCAACACACAUUAAUGAAAUACCAAAAGAGUGGAUUAUUGAAGCUGGUGCACUUUUCAAUACUAUACAAAAGAAGAAAAAAGACAAUGGAGACUAG